UUGAAUUUGGCUUAUAUAAACUACGGAGGGAAACAGAGAAAUAGUUGUAACUGCUGAAUCUCUAACAUAAUGGAAGAAGAAAAAGAUUUGAAACUUAACAAUAACUUCCCAAUCACUCAACUUCUUCAAGUUCUCGAUGCUCUUAAACAAGCUUCACAUAAUAUUCAACAAAACCAUAAUCACUUUUCAGAAUCCGAUUCAUCCAUAAAAGCACUUUUCCAACUCCAAACUAUUCUCCCAACUGAUUCAAAUCUCUCUCAUCACCUCAAUAACCUCAAAUCACUUAUUAACUCGCUUCAUAACUCAAAACCGACUCUCAAAUCGUUCAUAACUCGUCCUCUCUCAACUCACUCCAUCACCAAAGCCGCCGCUUCCAUCGAAUCCGAACUCCAAUCAUGGAUCGACCGUGAAACUGUCACUACUCUCUCCCGUCUCGUCACCAACAACAACAACGAAGACGAGUUGAUUUCACUAUUGACUCGUUUCUCUCACCGAGUCACACAAGGCUUUAACCGCGAGUUACAACAACUAAUUCUCAAUUUCAAACUCUUCUCUUCACUCGAAUCGCUUCUCUUUGACGCUAAAUGUUCUAACGGAAUUCGCGAACACGCCGGUAUCGCGAUAUCGGCGUUGAUUCUAUUCAACAAAGAUGUAUUCGUCGGCGAGGUUUUGAUGAGUCCUACAGUUAAAGCUUUGGUUGAUAUAGCUUCUGUUCGUUCAAUUGAAGUUCUAUGUUCUCUAAUCAGAUCAAUUAGGUCACCGAUCGUUGAUGAAAUUGAAUCCAACGGUGAAAUACCAAAAAUCAUCGCGUUGUUGAGUUCAAAUGAUAUAGAAUUGAGUGUUUUAGCGAUGGAAUGUGUUCUUGAGAUUGGUUAUUUUGGAAGGAAGGAAGCGGUUGAAGGUAUGUUGAAGGAAGGUGUGGUGGAGAAGUUUGUUGAAUUGCAGAGAUUGGAAGUUAAUGGAGGGAAGAGUAACGAAUUUUCAAACUGUGUGGCGAGGUUUGCAGUGCAAUUGGAGGUUGGGGAAGGGUUGAGGCAAAGAGAGAAAAGAGGUAUUAAGAGUGAAAUAUUGGUUAGGGUUAGAGAAGCUUGUGUUUCUGAUGCUGAAGCUGCUACCAUUGUUGCUGAGGUUUUGUGGGGUACUUGUCCAUAGCUACAAGAUUGUUAGUUAAGUUUUUUUUUUUUUUUUUUUUUUUUUUUUUUUUUUUUUUUUACAGUAUAAGGCUAAUUGAACUGUCUAGUCUGAUUCUAGAUCAGUUCUGACAUCAAGUGGUUCCAGCUUCUUUCCGAUAGUUGUUAGUUAAGUUUACAGGGAAUUAAUGUAAUUGUAUUUUAGUUGUAAAUUUAAUUAAUACUUAUUGGUUGUUAA